CUGACAGUAAUGUGAUCCGGCUUGGUGAAUUUUCUGCUUGCAUAUUCUGCAAGGCGUAUUGUAAGGCACAAAAAACCUCUAGAGGUCUAAAUCCUCAAUCCUGGAGGUUGAAUAGUCAGGAUUGGAAAAUGAUCCGUAUGAACAACACUAAGGCGCAGAAUAAUGGCAGAAGUGUGUACUUCAGACCACCCGGAAGAAUGUGUAAUCGAGCUGGAGUGUACGGAAAACUCUCAACCAUUCGAGACCCAUACUGUGACAAUCGUUGCCGGUGGGGAGAAACUUAUUGGCCGAAAUCACAAAAAGAAACACACCGCAAGCAAGGAGGAAAUUAACAUACUCUUCGAUAAUCGUAUCCUAUCGCAGGCUCACGCUACAUUACUCUUCAAGGAGGGAAAGCUAUACCUCAAGGAUCUCUGUAGUGCAAAUGGAACCUACCUAAAUGGCAACUAUAUCGGUCCAAACAACCAGGAUCAGCAUGAACCCGUUGCAAGACAGUUGAAAACAGGGGAUGUCCUAGGAUUUGGAAAGCUGCGCGUUACUCGCGUUAAUAGCGACGUAAUUAAACCGAUAGAAGCGAAACUUACGAUCAAAUCUCCACAAAUGCCCUCUGAAGAGAACGAUCACUUGGAAAACAAUGAAAUGUACCGUACAAAUUACACACCAUUCGAAGGAAAAGAAUUGGAUCAAGCUAAGAUGCUCGUAUCAGAACUCAUGAAGCCGGCUUCACCUACGGCCAUCGACAAAGUAGUUAAGAGGAGUGGCAAGAUUAAAUCUAUGAAAGCUUUAGAACAAGAAACACAAUCGGAGCCAGUGAAACUUCACUCUACAUCGACUCAAACUUUGCAGGAAGCGGAAAGGGACGCAGGAGAAAAGGAGAGCAAGAGUGAAUGUGAAUGCUGCGAUUCUGUGUCUGAAGAGUUUUAUCGGUACCGAAAGCGGGCAUUGAUGGCAAUCGUUAUUUGCCUGCUAAUUAUUACAAUUUAUCAACAAUAUCUCAGCUUUUAAAACUAUAAACGGCAGGCAUUAGGAGACGAUAUAGUUUUUAGAACAAUAAAUCAGUUUGUCAGUGUUUGCUCUUCAACAGCUGUUUUUUUCAUAUGCAUCAUUUGAGCUGUUUUGUGCCUUUUUAUACAAUACUUAACUUACAAAACUAUCCAUUCCAUUCCAUUCCAAUCCAUUCAAAACCAUCACCCCAACAAACCGUCAGUGCGAUAAAACAUCGAAAAAGCUUAAUUGUAUAAAGACCCUGAAAAACAUCGCAAUCUCCAAUCGAAUAGUUUUGAAAAACAUCGAAAUACGUUGAAAUUUGAACAUUUCAGCGA